AUGACGUCUCAGGAGGACGCAUCAUCCUUCAGGAGGUUCUUUCAGUACGUAGAGGACAGUGGCCUUCGGACCUACGAUGGUCUGGUGAUCCAAAAUGCCUCCGACAUCGCCAGAGAGAGUGACCGCAUCCGCAACCAGACCAACUGGACCUACCUGCAGGAAAAACACCAGAAGAAGAGACGACAGGAAGAGGCCAUCAAGAGGAUUGGUGAAGAUGUUGCCAUGGCAACAGAUGGGGCAUAUUCUGGAAAACAUUUCAGGAUGGGUUUCAUGACGAUGCCGGCACCGCAGGACCGUCUGCCCCCUCCCAGUCAGGGCUUCGCUGUCCGGUCCCAGUCCCUCCACUCUGUGGGCGCAGGAGAUGAAGACUCUAAUCCAAACCGAAGACAACCCCCACCCAAACCUAAGAGAGACCCCAACACCAAACUGAGCAGCAGCUCCGAGACAGUCAAUGGAGGCUCAAAGAGGGAUGAGACCAAAGAGACAUCAGAGCAGGCUGAGG